CGUGUUGUCUUUUGCCAAGACAUCCGUCCUGCUUUCCGCGUUUUCAGUGAUGAUGCGAACACGUAACGCUAUUUUGUCAUGCUGAGCUUAGAAACAAAACCCGAGUGGCUUGCGAAUAGUGGGGUAGUUACCGCUCAUCUGACAACAUGAACCGGGCACUUCGAAAGUCUCAGUCUCUGCGCAGCGUUUCGGUCCUCGAGGUGAAAAGUAAAUUUGGUGCAGAAUUCAGGAGGUUUUCCCUGGAUCGUUGUGAGCCUGGCAGGUAUAAAGACUUCCACAGGCUCAUUGUGCGUUUACAUCACCUGUGUCAAAUGGAUGUCCUUAUCGGCUAUGCGGAUGUUCAAGGAGAGCUGUUGCCUAUCAAUAAUGAUGACAACUUUUGCAAAGCUGUGACCUCCACACAAUCUUUACUGCGUAUCUUCAUUCAGCUACAAGAGGAAGCUGAUCAGGAUAACGCAGGUGCUGAUGAUGCAACAAAGCGAAAGAAACCUGUCAGCCACAGAAAACUACCAUUUCAGAUCAGCAUGCCACAGAACUUCCGUCCUGUUUCUUCCAUCAUCGACGUGGACAUCAUACCAGAAUGCCACCGAAGAGUGCGUCUGUAUCGCCAGGGCUCGGACAGACCUCUGGGCUUUUACAUUCGUGAUGGUACUACAGUCAGGGUUACUUCUUACGGUCUGGAAAAGGUUCCAGGCAUCUUUAUCUCCCGCAUAGUGCCCGGUGGCCUGGCGGCUUGCACGGGACUGCUAGCCAUUAAUGACCAGGUCCUGGAAGUGAAUGGUAUUAGUGUUAUGGGGAAGAUUUUGGAUCAGGUAACCGACAUGAUGAUUGCCAACAGCCACAACCUCAUCAUCACAGUGAAACCUGCAAACCAGCAUAACAACAUAAGGCGAAAAAGCUGCAUUUCCUCAAGCUCGGGACACUAUUUUGAUAGUACUGACUCUGUAAGCUACCCAGGGCUGCCUAUGAUAAUGAAAGCUUAUGGUUUAGGCACUGGCUCCGAGAGCGAAGAGGAUACAGAUGUGAUUGUCGAGAGCUCUAUCAAACACCUGUCCCGGCAGUUUUGUGCUUCAAACGCCUCUCAUUCUUCUCAACCACAUGUUAAUACUUCCUACCGGCCUCAAGUUUCUGCCAGACGGCCCAACUCGCUCAUUUCGGCAGCGUCCUAUCACUCCCAGCCUUGCCUCACCUACACAGCUCACACUGACCACAGCCUCCCUCUUCACAGGAAUCUGAGGGCCAAGCAGCAUUAUGGCUUUAAGCCGGCCAUCAGACAGGAAAGCUGCAGUACCCAUGACAUUCUCAACACGUGGCAUGUUGAUCUGAGUCGUCAUUUACUGUUGCCCCAGGGGGCAAUGGAGGAAGAUGGAAUUGUUGUCAUUUUGUAAAAGAUAAACCUUCUGAAACGACACCACCCAUGCUAUACUCUGCACUACAAGUUAUAAAUGACUACUUUUGCAUGUCACGUACGUGCUAUACUUGCAUGUCUUGCAAGUUUUUACUGAUAACUCUAAAGAUUACUAUAGAUUCUAUGUUAAAAGGAUCUUUUUUGUUAUACAUCAUCAAAAAUGUUGUUGUUUUUUCUUUUUAGUUCACCAUAAAAAUAAAAAGAAUCUGUCAUCUUGGACUCACCUUUAUGUCUUUCCAAACCUGUAUGAUUUUCUUUCUUCUGUAGAACAUAAGAUUUUUUUUUUAAAAUCUUGGUGACCAAACGUUUUGGUGACCAUUGGCCAUUAAAUUCUC